AUGAAUACAGAUUCAUUUUACGACGUUAAAACUCCGCAAUUUAUUGCGGAACAUAUGAAAAUUGAACAAUUACUUCCCGAAAUAUUAAUGAAAGAUAAAAUGGACGACAAUGUUUCAAUGGCACAUGAUACUCAUGAUACUCUGCAAGGCCCAAAUACGCAUAUUGGAACUUUUCCAUGUGAAAUUUGUGGCAAAGCAUUUGCAAAAAAAUUCGUUUUAGUACGGCAUCAAUUAACUCAUACCGGUGAAAGACGAUUUUCCUGUGAUCUUUGUGGAAAAACAUUUAUGUACAAAAAGAAUUUAGUUGUACAUAAACAUAGACAUCAACUAACUCAUACCGGUGAAAAACCAUUUUCAUGUGAUAUAUGUCAGUUGAAAUUUUCACGAAAAAAUGUGUUAAUCGAACAUUACAAACGAACGCAUAAUGAUAAAUUUUCUCAACAAAGCAGUUUAAAACCUUAUACAUGUGAUGUGUGUGGUGAAAAAUUUGAAUAUCGUUUUGUUUUUCUUAGCCAUAAGCGAAGCCAUACUGGUGAAGCUACUUUUUCAUAUAUUUCUCCAUUUAGUGUUCAAAGUAUUUUAGAAAAACAUUUUUUAAGUGAAAAUUUUACUCAAAAUAAAUCUACAAAUGAUUCGGGAGAACCUUCAAAUAUACACGAUUCAGAAGAACCUACAAUUAUUCAUGAUUUAGAAGAAAGUGUUACGAUAGAAAAACCGUUUUCAUGUGAUGUUUGUGAUAAAAAAUUUACCGUAAAUCCUUUUACCCAAUACGGUACUUUAAUUCGACAUAAACGUACUCAUGAUUCAAGUAAAGAAAAACAAUUUUCACGUGAUUCAACAGACGGUACUUCUCUAGAAAAACAAUUUUCACGUACAAAUGAUUCAAUCGAUGGUGGUUCCGUAGAAAAACGUUUUCAAUGUGAUGUUUGUGAGAAAAAAUUCACUGUGAAAAGUAGUUUAGCAGAACAUAAACGAAUUCAUACAGCAAAAAGAAGUGUUAUUGAGCAUAAACGUAUCCAUACAGGAGAAAAACCAUUUUCUUGUGAAAUUUGUGGUAGAGCUUUUACACAAAAUAGUACGUUAUUGAAUCAUAAACGUUAUCAUUAUGCAAGAGAAAAAGUGAAAGAAACAUUUUCAUGUGUUAUUUGUGGUGAAAAAUUUGGUGAUAGACCCAGUUUUGUUCGACAUAAUCACACUCAUAUUGGACAAAUGAUUUAUAAAGAUCUUGAAUAA